AUGGACAUCAUAAACAAGACCGAGGUGAAGGUCUUUGUGUUUACAGGACUGACUGACAAUGGUAAACUUGCCCCAUUCCUCUUCAUACUCUUCUUACACAUUUAUAUGGUGACCAUACUGGCAAACAUUGGCAUGAUCGCAAUUAUCUAUCGCAACACAACCCUCCAUACUCCGAUGUACUUCUUCCUGAGCUACCUCUCUCUGGUGGAUAUAUUGUACUCUUCAGUAAUAACUCCUAAGAUGAUUCAUGACCUUAUUUCUGUAAAUAAGACCAUCUCAUUCAAUGGCUGUGCUCUACAGUUUUAUUUCUUUGCUGCCUUAGGAUCCACUGAGUCUUUUCUUCUCUCCAACAUGGCGUAUGACCGGUAUGCCGCUAUCUGCCACCCACUCCACUAUGUGUACAUAAUGACUAAGAAGAAAUGUCUCUCUCUUGUUUUCCUUGUCACCUCCAUGGGCUUCCUGCAGUCUGCAGUGCAGACCAGUUGUGUGUUCAGUCUCAGGUUCUGCAGGUCCAACCUAAUAGACUAUUUCUAUUGUCACACACCUUCAUUACUCAGACUGUCCUGCUCUGACACUUUCUCCUGUGACAUGGUAACUGUGUACAUUAUAGGUCCUACUGGCUCAGCUUGUUUGAUUAUUAUACUGGUCUCAUACAGUCUCAUUAUUUCUUCCAUUUUACGGAUUAAAUCUGCAGAGGGCCGGCAGAAAGCAUUCAGCACCUGCUCCUCGCAUCUCAUGUGCAUCUGCAUCUUCUUUGGGGCAGUUAUGUCCACCUACCUACACGCUCCUUCCAGUGCCUUUGAGAAACUAGACAAGGUGGGCUCUGUUCUUUAUUCAGUGGUGACCCCAAUGCUGAACCCAUUGAUUUACAGCCUGAGGAAUCAAGAGGUGAAAAGAAUCAUUAUGCGAGUAAGGCACAAUCUUUCUUCUGUAGCUAAAACUUUGUCAAACAUUAGACUUCAUGCUGGGGCUCUGCUAGUAAUAUUUAGAAAAUAA